GCGGCGGCCGGGCCGGGCCCCCCCGCUCCUGCUGGGCCGGGCUCGGCUCCGGGGCGGGGGCUCCGGGCUUCCCCGCGAGGUGACGCUGCUCCGCCGCCGCCCAUAAAGGGCCGCGCCGCCAGCCGAGCGGAGCCGAGCGCCGCGCAGGGGGACCUCUGAUCCAUUGUGGUGCGGUCCAGCCCCUGCCUCCAGUUCCUCGGCUCCCCGCGCUCAGCCUGCUGCUCGGAUGUCGUCCCCAUGAGCCCCAGGCCGGCUGGAGGGCCAGCCGGGCAGAGCGAGCGGCAGAGCGCCCGGCUGCGCUGAGUGAGGAGCGCCUGCUGGGCACUGGUGUUCCUGGGCCCCUGGCGAGAGGCUCCAACCUUCUCAUGGAUCUGGGGCCCCGUUUGCUGCUCUUGCUGUGGACUCCAGUGGUGGCGGUGGCGUUGCUGGCCCAGGAGGGGCUAGGCCAGCGUGUCUACACCAACACCUGGGCCGUGCUUGUCCCAAGGGGCCCACAGGAGGCUGACAGGCUGGCCAGGAAGCAUGGAUUCCUCAACCUUGGGCCGAUUGUUGGUGACUAUUACCACUUCCAGCACCGUGCGGUGGUGAAACGGUCCCUCUCGCCCCACCGGUCCCGGCACAGCCACUUGGCCAGGGAGCCCCAGGUGCAUUGGUUGGAGCAGCAGGUGGCGAAGCGCAGGACGAAGAGAGACGCCUUCACGGAGCCCACAGACCCCAAGUUCCCUCAGCAGUGGUACCUGUACAACGUGAACCAGCGGGACCUGAACGUGCGGGGGGCCUGGGAGCAGGGCUACACCGGCAGGGGGAUUGUCGUCUCCAUCCUGGACGAUGGCAUUGAGAAGAACCACCCGGACCUAGAGGACAACUAUGACCCCGGGGCCAGCUUCGACGUGAACGACCAGGACCCAGACCCACAGCCUCGCUACACACAGAUGAACGAUAACAGACAUGGCACCCGCUGUGCCGGUGAAGUGGCUGCUGUGGCAAACAACGGGAUCUGUGGCGUGGGAGUGGCUUACAACGCCAAGAUCGGAGGUGUGCGCAUGCUGGACGGGGAAGUGACCGAUGCCGUGGAGGCCCGCUCCCUGGGCUUAAACCCCAACCACAUCCACAUCUACAGUGCCAGCUGGGGCCCCGAGGACGAUGGCAAGACAGUGGACGGUCCGGCCCGGCUGGCAGAGGAGGCGUUCUUCCGAGGGGUCAGUCAGGGCCGGGGGGGACUGGGCUCCGUCUUCGUCUGGGCCUCUGGGAACGGGGGCCGCGAACAUGACAGCUGCAACUGCGAUGGCUACACCAACAGCAUCUACACACUGUCCAUCAGCAGCACCACCCAGUAUGGCAACGUGCCCUGGUACAGCGAGGCCUGCUCCUCCACCCUCGCCACCACCUACAGCAGCGGCAACCAGAACGAGAAGCAGAUUGUGACGACCGACCUGAGGCAGAAGUGCACAGAGUCGCACACAGGGACCUCUGCCUCGGCCCCCCUGGCAGCUGGCAUCAUCGCGCUUACCCUGGAAGCGAAUAAGAACCUGACCUGGCGGGACAUGCAGCACCUGGUGGUGCGGACCUCGAAGCCGGCGCAUCUCAACACCAAUGACUGGGCCACCAACGGCGUGGGCCGCAAAGUCAGCCACUCCUAUGGCUACGGCCUGCUGGAUGCGGGGGCCAUGGUGACCCUGGCCAGGAACUGGACCACGGUGGGACCCCAGAGGAAGUGCAUCAUCGACAUCCUCACUGAGCCAAAAGACAUUGGGAAGCGCCUGGAGGUCCGGAGGAAGGUGGAUGCCUGCCUGGGGAAGGCCAGUUCCAUCGGCAGGCUGGAGCACGUCCAGGCCAGGCUGACGCUCUCCUACAACCGGCGUGGCGACCUGGCCAUCCACCUCACCAGCCCCAUGGGCACCCGCUCCACCCUCCUGGCUCCCAGGCCCCACGACUACUCAGGCGACGGCUUCAACGACUGGGCCUUCAUGACCACGCACUCGUGGGACGAGGACCCCUCCGGUGACUGGGUGCUGGAGAUUGAAAACACUAGCGAAGCCAACAACUACGGCACCCUGACCAAGUUCACGCUGGUUCUGUACGGGACAGCGACAGAGCCCCCCAGCCUCUCCAACCGGCUCGAGAGCAGCGGCUGCAAAACCCUCACCUCCAGCCAGGCCUGUGUGGUGUGCGAGGAGGGCUUCUACCUGCACCAGAAGAGCUGCCUGAAGCACUGCCCCCCCGGCUUCGUGCCCAGCCUGCAGAGUGCCCACUACGCCCUGGAGAACAGCGUGGAGCCCAGCCCCCCUCACCUGUGUGUGCCCUGCCACGCCUCCUGCGUCACCUGCAUGGGGCCCGCGGCCAAUGCCUGCCUCAGCUGCCCAGCCCACUCGCACUACAACAGCCUGGACCUGACGUGCUCUCACCAGACGCAGAGCAGCCGCGCGUCACCUGCCCUGGGCCAGCCCGAGGCACCGCCCACCUCCAAACUGGCCAUCCUAGUGGCCAGCCUCAGCUGCGUCUUCAUCGUCCUCAUUUUCAUCACAGUCUUCCUGGUGCUGCAGCUGCGCUCGGGCUUCAGCCUGCGGGGCGUCAAGGUGUACUCCCUGGACAGCGGGCUCAUCUCCUACCGGGGGCUCCCCGCCGACCUGUGGCAGGAGGAGCCGCCUUCCGAGUCGGAGGGCGAGGACUGUGAGGCGCACAGCGAGAGGACUGCCUUCAUCAGAGACCAAAGUGCCCUUUGAGCCCCCCGGCCCCUCCCUGCCCUGCCCUGGCACAGCCCCCGGGGCAGGGAAGGCCGAGGGGCCCUGGACACUGCCCCGCCCUGCUCGGGAGAGGGCUUCACCAGCUGCUGGCACCGUCCUGUGGGCACCUCUGCUCCUGGCCCGGGGCAGCGGCUGCCCAGCCUGCUCUAGGGAGGGACCCCGGCACCGUCCUGUGGGCACCUCUGCUCCUGGCCCGGGGCAGCGGCUGCCCAGCCUGCUCUAGGGAGGGACCCCGGCACCGUCCUGUGGGCACCUCUGCUCCUGGCCCGGGGCAGCGGCUGCCCAGCCUGCUCUAGGGAGGGACCCCGGCACCGUCCUGUGGGCACCUCUGCUCCUGGCCCGGGGCAGCGGCUGCCCAGCCUGCUCUAGGAGGGACCCCUGGCACCAUCCUGGGCUCUCGCCCCCACAGCACCAGGCCCAGCCUCCUGUUUCUUUUAACUCGCCAAAGUGUUUUUAGCAUGCCCCCCCCCGCCCCCGCCAGCCCCAUGGGCCUGGUGAGGGUCUUGUCCACCCCCCCUGCCUGUGCCCGUCACACCCAUGUGCUGGGGCAGGGGCGUGUUUCUCAGGGCUGGGGCUCCUAUCUGCUCGGGCUGGCUCUCCAGGCUGCUGGCGGCCCUCAGGCCAGGCACUGCAUCUCCAUGGGGGGGCCCUCUGGCAAGGGGGUGAUGUGCUGUCUCCUUCCAGCCUUGGGCUCCCCAGGCUUGUCCCCAGUUUGGGCCCAGAGCAGUGGGCAAGCCCUGCUCUCUGUGACCCUCUUCCCUCCUGGGGAGCAGCAGGGCUCCCCCAGCUCGGAGGACCCCCGGGAGUGGCAGCUGUUUCCUUCUCUCUACAGCAAUAAUGGCUGGGCCCCUGGCAGGGCUCCGCCGGUGGCCCGGAGGGAGCAUGAGGCUCUGCGGUGCUGAAGGGUCUCGCCCGGGCCCAGGGACCCCAGCCCUGCGGCGGCAGGCGGCAGCAACCCCACUGCUCCCCGCCUGCUGGAGAAGUUUCCAGGGCAUUGCCCCAAGUGCCCAGCCCGCUGCCCACGGGCCGCUUGCCCUGCCCUGCCCUCAGCCCUGCAGCGCUCUCUGGGCUCGGGCCGCGCAGCCUGGACCAGACUCCAGCCCCCUGCAGAGGCAGCGAGUCCUGGCGUGUCUGCCCCCCCCUCCUCCCCCCCCAAUGUGCCUUGCCCCUCCCCUGGUGGUGACAAUCUGUUUUGCUCCCCAGCUGGAGCCCCCCAGUCCCCUCCCUGUUCACAAGUCAUUUGCUCCUGAUGGUGGGCGAGGCCUGGCCCAGGUAAGUGGGGGCUUCAGCGUAAUGUGCCCCCUGCAGGGGGCCUGAGCACCAAGCCCAGAGCUGCACCCCCAGGCCCCGUCUGCGUGUGCAGCCCCCGUGCUCCAGCCCCUGCACAGGCUCAGGCAGUGCCGGGGGCAGGGCCCCCCACCCCUGGUUUUCUGUCAUCACUUUCUGGUGCACAGUCAUUUUUUCUUGUAAUUUAAUCAGGCAGGUGUUGCCUCCUGCACCCGAUUUUUAAUUUAAUGGUUGUGGAUAUAACGCUAGAGAGACUGAGAGUUAUUAAAUGUUCAGAACUAUGCAAACCA